AUGGCACAGGGUUCAACCUGGGAAGCUUCUGCCCUUCUCCCGCCGGCUCCCUUUCCGUGCGGCUAUUUCUGGGAUACCGAAGAGAUCAGACAUCAGGAGCAUCUGCAUCGGGUUUCCCAUGCGCAGUUUCUGUAUUCCCAUCGCACAGACUCACCCGAGGCUAUGAGGGUCUACAGGGAUUUUAUUAGCGAGCAGAAUGCUUGGAUGGCUGUACAGGAAGAGUUGAGAGAGCGGGAGGCCCAGAUGGCUAUGAAGGCCCAGGUGGACCGUGCGUCCCGAUGGGCUGAGGAGUGGAGGAGGCUUGAAAGUGGCGAGGCAGUUGAGGAUGUUUUGAUGAAGACAGGGGCAACUCUUGUCACGAAAUCACCUUUUGGACCAGAACAUACUGUGACCUGUGUGGAUAUAGGUUCGAUAUUGCUAGACGAAAAGUCUACUCCCAAAGGUAUUCGUACCGUGAACCUCCCGGAAUCUCUUAUCGAUCAAGAGCAAGGUCGGAAUUGGUGCGAUGAACUUCCGAGAUUUAAGUCUAGUUGCGCCAUAGGACAUUUCCCUGGUUUCGAUCAGGCAGACGGGACCACUGCUGCAAUGAUACUGGGUUCGGUUCCGGAUCCUGCAGAGAGUACUCAAAAACUGAAACAAAAUCUCAACCAACUGGUCCAGUCCGAACCUCAAGAGCAAGAUGGCCGCAGCAGCAGCGUAGGUACUCAUUCAAGGGAGAACGGAUUUGUUGCCAAGCCCAAUAUCUCCUUCUCAGGUUUAGGACCCCCAGCCAAGAGUGAGGCUGAAAAUUUUGACACUUCCAAACUCCCUUCCGCUAUAACAAAGCUUACACGACAGAAUACCGGUUUAGCCGGAGGCGAGGUUCUUAAGAUAUGCUCGCACAAACGCUGGACCUACGGUGGAGACCUCCUUUAUGAAGUACUCUGGAAGCCGCAUGAUCUGAAUACUCCGCCGUUGAUGCUCUGGGUAAAAUCGGGUGAUUUCAUGGAUGCAAGCCACAGGGUCAUCUUAGAUGAAUAUCGCUUUCAAAAUAAACUUGGGAUCGUGCAUUGGCGCAGCCAGGGGAAGAAAAGGUUACGGACUUCCGGCAGUCUUGGUGUAAAGGAGAUUAAAGGGGCAUUGGACGAGCGAAAGCGCUUACUGAUAGCCACCGGGAGAUACGAUGAUCGUGCAGCAGAAUUACUGGGAAAGUGCAGAUGGAUGAUGAGGGGCGAAUGGCAGCAGAGAGGAAGAGGAUGGGCGGCUGCGAUUGAGGUUGUCGAACGCUGGAAGAAAGCUUGGCGAGUUGUGGAUGAAGCAGAAAGGCAGAUCUGUCACAAUCUUGAGCGAGAGCCUAUGCUGGGGGUUGUAGGGGAUGCUUGCAAAAAUGAUAUUCCUUGCUUGGAGGAAGUGGGAUCGAAGGAUGCGCCAUCCCCACCAGUGGUUCACAUUGACCGCUCUCCAGGCUUCAAACAACUUGAUGGGGGGCAUGCAAUUGAUCCGGAACGAGAUCAUGACCCCCAACGGGACAAUUACGGGGUCGCGGGAAAAGAUGUGGAAUGGAAAAGUUUCUUUGGGGGUAUAGAUCGUUCGGAUCCAAUGAUAGUCGAUGAUACUAAUUCUUCAACAAUCGGGGGAAUAUCAGAGCUAGGAGGAAUUACCAGAACCUUCCCGAAGGCGGUCGAAACGUGGCGCAUUGGCUACUCUGAAAGUUUGACCCCAGAGGUUCGGGGUAUUAAUAAGACAAAAGGAGGAUUCAUCAACCUUCUCAGACAGGAUCGUUUUACAAGAAAAUCUAUAUCCGAGGCCACCUCAACUCCAGUGUCUGUGCAAUCAGUAUCCGAGGCAGGGUCUUGCUUGGCGCAUGAACGAGAGACAUUCCUUUCACGACCGUUUAUCAAAGAUAGGCAUCAAGAUAAUACAAUGGAUGCAGCAACUGCAGCCGCCUAUAAACCGAUUUUGCAGCCCUCUGAAUUAAUGGAGGGUCCCGCAAGCAUGAGCAGGACUCCGACUACAGUUCGCACACCACUUGAUGGGGAAACUGGUGAAGCAUGCCUAAAAUCCCGGAAUGGAAUGUCGCAGCUCAACUGUACGGCCAUUGAAGAUGGGAGAGGUGAAGUUCGUUCUCAAGGCGUUAUUACUAGAGGGGCCCCCCUCAGAGAUGUUGCUAUUCAGGCAUCCCCUUCUCUCAAGUCAUUGGCAAGAUUGAGAAUUGAACAUAGUGGAGUGUCUUCUAGCAGGACGAAGACAAUUCGAGAGCAACUGGACCACUGGUGUAUGCGGUUCCUUGAACUCAUUUCACAAUCGCCCGGUUUGAGUAGUUUACUUGCUGGGGCAAAAACCCACACAGAUGGCGGCGGUUCUACGCAAGCCUUAGAAUAUGCUCGCCGCCCGGUUGUGUCCUUUGAAGGUGAUGGUGGGCAUAUGCCAUCGCUGUAUGGGGAACGGGGCGUGGAGGGGGAUCAAGGGGGCAACACUGAGCAGGGAAAAGGAAGUGGCCCAAAUCGGAAGAAACACGGGGGAGAAUUCGGGGCUGAGGGCGAUCGGGAUCGAGAUCCGCUGCGAAGGGUGACAUUCCCGCAAGAGCUGGCGUCGCCGCAAGACGGGGUGUCGCUAUAUCUGGGUGAGAUUUGGGGUCAGGAAGAACCUUCGAGUCCGCAGGAAUCUUUGGUGCAGGGAGCAGCUCCCAUAGAAGAGGAAGCUCCAACGAAGCAAGAUCUGGCUAUGCAAGGUAUGGGUGACGGCUACGAGAGAGCGAAGGCGAGAGGAAAAGAGCUGAGGGGCAAGAAAAGGGAGGAAGGGCUCACACGCGAGGAGCGAAAGGAGUAUAUGAAGUUGAAGCAGCUGUUGGUCAAAUACCGAGUCACUAGAUGGUUUUCAAGGCGGGUCGACAUUCCCAUUGAACUGCACAUGCAGCGACAACAACACGUAUGGGGGGCGUCGCUAGAGCUUUGCGAGACAAGUUGA